AUGAGUAUGGCAUCGCCCCUCCCGACCUUCUAUGCGCAGCAAAUGCUGGGCCUCCACGGCCGCUACGGGCUGACGGAUAACGCCAAGACGCUUCUCCGGGCCUACGACGACUGGAAGAUUGGGAGGAUCGACCAGGACGAGCUCGGCCGCAUCGUGCGCAUGUCGACAAACAUGCGCGCCGCAAUCACAGACACCAUCACGAAGUGCGCUGCCGCGAUGCGCUCGCGGCCUGCCGAGAUCAGGAACUGCGUCGACAUCAUCCAGGCUUGCACCGACAUCUUGGGUCUAGCGGACAGGCCCCCCUCGGUGGAGGGAUUCCCGUUCCUCAAGCUGCCGGCCGAGGUGCGGCGGAAUGUAUACGAGCACCUUACUCCUAAGUCGACGUCAGGCAUCGUAGCAACGCCGAAAAAAUCAAGAUGCAGCUGCGCGGCGUACACGCCCCCGGCGUUCUGGCCGGUCCGCCCGCUCGACAUGGCACUGGCCCAAGCAAGUAGCAAGUUAAGGGACGAGUUCUUCGGCUUCAUAUACGCCAGGUAUUCAUUCCACUUCACGUGCACUUGCGACUUGCUCUACCGCUUGAAGGCCAACAAGUUCCUGCGCGUGACGUUGAAUUCGGUGAGGGUCCACUGGACCGGACCUGAGUCUGACAAGGCCUUUUUGGUCCUUGCCAAGUGCCCAACGCUGAAGGAGUUGGACGUCAUCAUUUCCAAGUCCACAACCAGCAAGCUUAGCAAGCGUGAAACAGAAUUGCGCUCGUGGUUCACAGCCCAGAAGCCGGCGCGCAUCACAGAUGCCCUUGGAAUGGACGAGUUGCUCCUGAUCAGGGGCCUGGAAGCAGUGACGGUCACGCACCUGCUUGCAAGACAGGGCGCCCGUCGGAGCGAUGAGGAUCGAGCGAGCAUGUUGGCAUUGCUCAAUGCCAAACUCAAACUCCCACGCGAAGAGGGUAGUUCGGAGAGCGACAGUGACAAAGAUGACUAA